AUGCUCGAGCCUGACAUCGAGAUUCCAUCAGCAUUCGACCCAUUCGCAGACGCUCAAGAUUCAGACGAACCAGGGACAAAAGGGUACAUUCACAUCAGGAUCCAGCAGAGGAAUGGGAAGAAGAGCUUGACGACUGUUCAAGGUCUGAAUAAAGAUCAUAGCUACGAGAGGACUCUCAAGGAUUUGAAGAAAGGUUUGUGCUGCAACGGGAACGUUGUGGAGCACAAGGAGCUAGGCAAGAUCAUUCAGCUUCAAGGUGACCAGAGGAAGAAAGUGUCUCAGUUCUUGGUCCAGACUGGGAUUGCUUACAAAGAUCAGAUCAAGAUCCACGGUUUCUAA